CAACCGAUCAUCAAAAGAUCUAUUUUUGUUGCACAAAUAUUUGAUUUCAUUAAGAAAGGGAAAAGUGAAAGAAGAAACUUGUAUUUGUUCUAGCUUUCUCUAUGGAUCAUCAGAGCAAUGGCACGUUAGAAACUGCAGGAAAAGUCAUACGAUGCAAAGCCGCAAUAUGCAGAAGUCCAGGACAACCACUGGUCAUAGAGGAAAUUGAAGUGGACCCACCUCAAGCUUGGGAAGUCCGGAUCAAAAUCCUUUGCACUUCUCUCUGUCACUCAGAUGUCACCUUCUGGAAAAUCAAUGCAGGACCUGCUUCAGUUUUCCCAAGAAUCUUUGGGCAUGAAGCUGUUGGUAUGGUUGAGAGCGCUGGGGAGAAUGUGGAGGAGGUGAAAGAGGGAGACAUAGUGGUGCCAGUAUUUCUACCAAAUUGCAAAGAAUGCAGGGAUUGCAAAUCCAAGAAAAGCAAUAACUGCUCUGUGUUUAAAUAUAACAAGUAUUCCCUCAACAUGCCAAGAGACCAAAGCAGCAGAUUUAGGGACAUGAAAGGUGAAGUUGUGCACCAUUUCUUUAGUGUCUCCAGCUUCGCGCAGUACACGGUGGUGGACGUCGCCAAUGUCGUCAAAAUCAGCCAAGACCUCCCCCUCGAUAAGGCUUGCUUGCUUAGCUGUGGAGUUUCAACAGGUGUUGGAGCAGCGUGGAAGGUGGCAGAGGUGGAAGAAGGGUCAACAGUCGCCAUCUUUGGACUCGGAUCUGUUGGACUUGCGGUUGCAGAAGGAGCAAAGCUUCGUGGCGCUUCUAAGAUUAUUGGUGUAGAUUUAAAUCCUAAAAAGUUUGAGAUUGGAAAGAAUUUUGGGGUGACUGAUUAUGUUAACCCCGCUACCAUUGAUGGGAAGUCUGUAAGCGAGGUCAUUAAGGAUUUAACUGAUGGAGGUGCUGAUUAUUGUUUUGAGUGCAUUGGUUUGGCUUCCUUAAUGCAAGAUGCUUUUAGUUCUUGCCGAGAGGGAUGGGGACAGACAGUGAUCCUAGGAAUGGAGAUGCACGGAUCGCCUUUAAGUGUGAAUAGUUAUGAAAUUUUGAGGGGUAAAACUGUCACUGGAUCAAUGCUUGGAGGUGUCAAACCUAAAAUUGACAUUCCAAUCCUUGCUAGGAAAUACUUAGACAAGGAACUUAAUCUUGACGGAUUCAUAACACACGAGUUGAGCUUCAGAGAUAUAAACAAAGCUUUCGAUUUGUUGCUUGAAGGAGAUAGCUUGCGCAGCAUCAUUUGGAUGGACAAAUAGUUGCUACCUACUAAUAUUGUAAAUCAUAUUAUCGUUUUCAUAAAUUCAUUCGGACGCGCAUGUUUUGCUUGUUCAACGGAUCAAUUUAAACAUUUUUUUAAG